AUGGAUUUCCCUCGCCCACUCCGUAGCUGUACACUGUGCCGCCAGCGAAAGAUCAAGUGCGACCGACAGCAGCCCUGUGGCAACUGCGUCCGCGUUGAGGCCCAAUGUGUGUACCCCGCCGGCCACGGGCGCGCCCCAAAGCGACCACGCAAAGCAGUUGAAGCCCGUCUUCUGGCUCAACUGGCCAAGCUAGAAACAAUCGUCAAGCGCAUCGAAGGGCAAUCCCCGAAUGCCACCCAAAGCAGCACCCUCGAGGCCACGGCAGACACAUCGAACCCCACCGUCGAACAGCAGUUUGGUCGGCUGGUCAUCGAUGACAUGCAGAGCUGCUAUGUCAGUAGUACACCAUGGAUGCGCUUAGGAGAUGAGGUACGUAUGCUCGCGGAUGGUCUGAAAAUGGGCUAA